CGGGAUAUGUUGAGGAAGGUAAGUAUGUCUUCCUGUUGAAGGAAUCAGCAGGAUGAGGACUAGGGGGUGGGUUCAUGAAUGAGUUUCUGUUUGGCGGAGAUGGAUAGUAGAACGGAGAGUAUUUCUUGGUCGAGUGUUGAAGUUGAGUUGAAAUCGAGCGGAGUUUCCCAGUAUGAGCUAGUAGUUGGGUGGGGGCUGGCGAUCAUCAAAUUCAUAUAAACCACUCCAGAGAACAAACACAACCAACUCACACUCAACCUCAACCAUGAACUUCAACUCACUCAACCACCACCAACAACAACAACAACAACAACAAACCAACAACUGGAUUCACCAAGCCAGACAUCGACACCACCACUCACUAGACUCAACAACAACAACAACAACAACAACAACACAUCAGCAUCUCAUCAACCUACAACCCAACCAACUCACUCCAACAAGCCCAACUAACCAUAUAAACAAGUUCACAAAACGAUCACUCUCACUCUCCGCCACUCAGUCUGCCUCCAACAAACUCAGCCCACCAUCCCCAACCAACACCCACCACCAAUCAAUCACAAUCCAACCAACAAACUUAUACACACAACACACUCAGAAAACAUCCAAGCCGAAAUCGAAACCCUCACUCGUCUCUGCCAUCCCUGCCGCGAUCCUCAAGAAGGACAAGCCUGGACUGCUCAGUCAAGAGCAAAAGCGAGCAAACCAUAUUGCUAGUGAACAGAAAAGAAGAGCGGCGAUCCGACAAGGAUACAGUCGAUUAUGUUUGAUCGUACCCGCCUUAAGGGCGCCGAUCGGAGCGGGUGGGAUGGCUGGGACGAGCACGUUUGGAGAAACGGGCGAAGGACAGGGCAGUCACGAACAGUCGGUCGUUUCCAGACGAUCGGAGGAGGACUCGCCGGCCGAGGACGACCCCCAUCCCGCCGAAGACUCAUCCAAUUCGGGCACCUUCAAACGCAAACGGAAUUCUAAACCCUUGGAAGUCUCUCGGUCAGGCGCGAGAUCCGAAGCCGUCGUCCUUGCCAAAACCGUAGAAUAUUUACGGGAGUUAGAACUAGAACGGCGACAGUUUCUCGAGAAACUAAAGCGAUUGAAGUCGAUAGCGAGGGCCCAAGGGAUCCCACUGAUGGACAAUCGGCUCAAAAAGAACCAGGCAGAUCACUCAACAGCAACUGAAGAAGAAAAGGAAAAUCGAUAUCAAGGAGAGGAGAAGCUGGAGGAUCCAGAGCUGCCGAUCUGGGAGUGUAAAUGGACCGGGAACAUCCACGAGAUCGACCGCCAAUACAACGCCCAAUUCUCGCCCAUCAACGAUCAACAACAGCCCCCGCCGCUUAAUCUCGGCUUGAUCAUCGAACCUAAUUGUAACCUUGCCUCCGCCGCCUCGCCGUCCAUCCCCUUCGAUCUUCACUCCUUCCAUCACCAUCAGCUUCCCUCGCAGCUUCCUCAACAGAAUCUUAAUCUCAAUCACCAGCACCAGCAACAGCAACAACAAGACCCUCUUCAUUUUGAUCAUCUUAAUCCAAAUCAACUCAUCGAAUCUUGA